UUUCCGUCAAAAUAUCAACCCUACACAGGAGGCCACUGUACCCAAAACCACGCAAAAACCUUCCAAGGUAGCCUCUCUCUCUCUCUCUCUCUCUCUCUCCUCUCACAACAAUGGCAAAGGGCGACGACGCAUUGAGGAGAAAGAAGAACAAACUAAACAGAAAGAAGCAGAGAGCCGAUGUUUCCGCCACGGUGUCUAAUCGCAUCGCCGCCAUAAUCGCCGCCAAAAAGCGCCGACUGACCGGCAAACGUCGAAAUUGUCAGGGAAUGUGUUUUAGCCUUCCUACGCCCGAGAAUCCCUUCAAUGACAAGUAUGAGAAAAGGGACAUCAAAGGAAAGGAAACAAAGAAACCUGUGCCUUCCAAGGCUGAUUGUAAGGUGGCUAUUAAUGGAAAUAGUGUGGCAUCAAAGAAAGGAACUCUUGGUAGAAAUCAUGUAAGCACAGAUCAUCAUCAACAGCAGGAAACGGUGAAAGGGAAUAAUUGGUGGGAUGACCCGACAAUGUCACUCAAAUCUAUAAAUAACAUGGGGAAGAAGAAUGUUGUCAAACAAGUAAAAGAGCAAGAUUUUGAACAAUCAGGUUGUCCAUCAAAGUUUCUAGCUCUGUGUUUGAAUUCGGUUCAAAAUGCAAUGCGACACAAUGGUUUCAGUGCUGAAGAGGACAAGCCUUUGUUUAUUGACAAAUGGGGAGUUGAGUUUUGGAAAUGCUAUUCAGUUGGAAAAGAUAUAUUGGAAACAAGCGGUGCUUGUUCUACAAUAGAGCAAAUUGCUUGGAUAGCUUCAACUGCUACUGAUAGCAUUGCAAGAAAGGAGAAAGAAGGUCUAUCACUAACGGGUCCGUUUCUUUUAUUCCUCGUACCUUCCCAAGAGAAGGCCAUUAAGGUACGCACCGUGUGCAAAUCUUUGAAGGGUCAUGGAAUACAUACUGCGAGUCUGCAUACUGGUACCUCCAUAGAUCAUCAAAUCCAUGGCCUAAAGAGUAUUGAGCCAGAGUUCCUUGUAUCUACACCUGAGAGACUGCUGGAGCUUGUUUCUUUGAAGGCCAUUGAUAUCUCUGGGGUAUCGUUACUGGUUGUUGAUGGGCUGGAGACACUUAUUAAAGGUGGCCACGGCGAUGUUAUUAAAUAUAUAAGGCAACAUAUAUCUACCAAUCCCCACACGGUGGUUUUCAGUGAUUGCUCAAGUAGCGCAUCUAUACCUCUUGUGCAAAACCUUCUUUGUGGAUCAAUUCGCAGAUUGUCAUUGAAUAAUUCUAUUAGCAGUCAAGGUGCAUGCAUUCUCCAAUCCAUACACGUUUGUGCGUCAGAAGAAGAAAAGAUAUUGAAGGGUAUUCAAGUUUUGGAUCAAGCUUGUGGUGAUCAACCUAAUCUGCAGCUUUCUAAGGUGCUAUUUGUAGUUGGUAAUGACAGCAAUUUUAAUCCUUUAGUUACUGCCAUCGAGUCUAAGGGUUACUCUGUCGCAGUAAAUUCAGCUCCUGGUUCAGAAAUUAAGAACAGAAAAAGAAGGCCCGCAGUACUUAUAUCCAAGGUGGAACAUAUCAAUACAAGUGAUUUUGGGGGAUUUGAACUAGUAAUAAUUUCAGAUUUCGUGCACUCGAUUGUUGAUUAUGUCCAGAUCCUGACGAGGAUGGCCCGCCACACAGUCAGUGGUGCGUUGCAUAGCUUUUUAACAACCGAGAAUGCAACACUCAUCGAACAACUGAUUGAAAUCCUUGAAAGAUGUGGGCAAGCAGUGCCCGGUGCUGUAAGAAAUCUCUGUCAGUCUAUUUCCAUGGUCGAAGGAUGAACUCUAAAGAUGACUCCAUGUUUUUUUUUCUACAACCGUUCGUCAGUUGACAAAAGAUGUUUUUUUUUCUACAACCGUUCGUCAGUUGACAAAAGAGCAAGUGACAGAAAUUUUGUGAGUUUAUGUGCUGUUUACCGUCGUAAGGGAGAUUUUCUUUUCUACUUUCGAAUCUUUGUUAGUCGGAAAAAAUCCCGGGUAAGAAUGUAUAAGAACCCAAGAUCCAAGAGUUCAGAUUGAAAUUGUGAACUGCAUAAAAUGAUUUGGGUAUUGUAUUCAUUUUGAUUAGUGUA